AUGCCUCAACUUCAUCGACCUGCUCCACGCCCUCUACCACCUCUACCACCUCCCCCACCUCCACCCUCUCAAUCCUCUCAACCGCCUCGGCCUCUCCGACCUCCUCAAUCCCUACCUCCUCCUCCUCCUCCUCCUCCUCCUCCUCCUCGUCGCCCUGCUCCAUCUCUGCCUUGUAACAACAAUCCUCCACCUAGAACUCAAUCCGAACACAUUCCACCACCACCACCACCUUUAGCAAUUGUUGCAAAGCACAAUGAAAACAAGAACACAUCAAAGAACGAUCAACCAGCCGCACCAAGAAACUCCCCAUCUAAACACACAGACAAAAAGUUUCUUUCGAGAACUUCUAGCAUCAAAGCAUCUGGAAAAGCUCGAGUGAAGGAUUGUAUUCAAGUAGGGGCCGCUGUUGGGAAAGCUGGAGCCGAUGUUCGAAGAGUGGUAUGGAAUAUAGUGACAAUUGCCGCUCUCGCAAUUGCAGACUAG